CUGGGGCCGCUGUGAUGGCGGCGGGGCCGGGGCCGCUGGCGGGGCUGCUCUUCUUGGGACUGCUCCUGCCGCUCCUCCUGCCUUUGGCCGCCGCCGUCUACGAGGACCAAGUGGGCAAGUUCGACUGGAGGCAGCAGUACGUGGGGAAGCUCAAAUUCGCCUCCUUGGAGGCCUCGCAGGGCUCGAAGAAGCUCGUCGUGGCCACCGAGGAGAACGUGGUGGCCGCCCUGAACUCCCGGAGCGGCGAAAUCCUGUGGCGCCACGUGGACAAGGGAACCGCGGAAGGGACGAUCGAUGCGAUGCUGAUCCAUGGGCAGGAUGCCGUCAGUGUGUCCAACGGAGGGCGAAUCCUGCGCUCCUGGGAGACCAACAUCGGGGGACUGAACUGGGAGACGUCCCUGGACACUGGCAGUUUCCAGGCAGCUGCUCUGGUGGGGCUCCAGGAUACAGUGAAAUAUGUGGCAGUGCUGAAGAAGGCGGCCCUGUCUCUGCACUACCUGUCCAACGGGCACCAGAAGUGGGUGGAACACUUGCCAGAAAGUGAAAGCACUCAGUACCAGUUGCUGUAUUCCCACGGGACUGGAGUGAUCCACGUGCUUGGAAUCGUUUCCCAGAGCCACCUGAACAUCUUGACAUUCAGUGCAGAGGAUGGAGAAAUUACAAAACAGGUGAGAGUGGCAGCCCCGUGGCUGCAGAGCCUGGAGCACACCUGUGGUGUGGUGGGGGAGGCUGUGCUGGUGUGUGUGGACACGGACACGCACUCGCUCCACGUCUGCUCUCUGGAGACAGAGCAUGAGAUGAAGCAGAUUCCCCUGCAGUCCCUGGAGCUGGAGUUUACAGAUGACUUCCAGGCCAGGAUCUUGGCCACUCAACCCAGUGUCACCAGUGCUUCCCGGACCCAGUUCUUCCUGCAGCUCUCUCCCAGCCACUUCUCCCUGCUGCAGUACAAGCACGGGCUGCUCAGCCACCUCCGGGACUUCCAGCAGGCAGCUCUGGUGAGUUUUGCAACCACCGGGGAGAAGACAGUGGCUGCUGUCCUGACAUGCAGGAGUGAACUGAAACCUGGAAGUGCUGAUGGCCUUCAUGCUGGAAGUACUCUGGAGGAAGCCUGGAGGCAGGAUUCCUUAACGUGCUCCAACCAAACCUACAAUUUAAAUCUCUACCUGGUUGAAACUGGACAAAGGCUGUUGGAUACCACGAUUACCUUUAGCCUGGAGAAAGGAGGUGCCAAACCACAGCAGCUAUACAUCCAAGUUUUCCUGAAGAAGGAUGACUCCGUGGGCUAUCGAGCCUUGGUGCAAACAGAAGACCACAUGCUCAUUUUCCUCCAGCAACCAGGAAAAGUUGUGUGGAGUAGAGAGGAGUCACUAGCAGAGGUGGUAAGCCUGGAGAUGGUGGAUCUACCUCUGACAGGGGCACAGGCUGAGCUGGAGGGGGAAUUUGGAAAAAAAGCAGCCAUUCAAGACGGUUUGCUGGGGAUGUUUCUGAAGAGACUGUCCUCCCAGCUCAUCCUGCUGCAAGCCUGGACUGCUCACCUCUGGAAGAUGUUCUACGAUGCCAGGAAACCCCGAAGCCAGAUUAAAAAUGAGAUUAACAUUGACAAUUUGGCCAGGGAUGAAUUCAACCUCCAGAAAAUGAUGGUGAUGGUCACUGCCUCAGGAAAGCUCUUUGGCAUUGAAAGCAGUUCUGGCACCAUCCUGUGGAAGCAAUACCUCAGGAAUGUGAGACCAGGCUCCUCCUUCAAGCUGAUGGUGCAAAGGACAACAGCCCAUUUCCCACACCCUCCACAGUGCACUCUGCUUGUGAAGGACAAGGAAACCAAAAUGAGCUUUCUGUAUGUCUUUAACCCCAUCUUUGGGAAGAGAAGCCAAGUAGCUCCCCCUGUUCUGAAACGUCCAAUUCUCCAGACUCUGCUUCUGCCAAUUAUGGAUCAAGACUAUGCCAAAGUCCUGCUUCUAAUUGAUGAUGAGUACAAGGUUACAGCUUUCCCGGCCACUAAAAACGUCCUUCGCCAGUUAGAAGAAAUAGCCCAUUCUAUCUAUUUUUAUCUAGUUGAUGCUGAGCAGGGAAAACUUUCUGGAUUCAGGCUGAAAAAGGACCUGACCACAGAGGAGAGCUGGGAGGUGGUGAUCCCCCCGGAGGUGCAGAGGAUUGUGGCUGUCAAAGGGAAGAGGUCCAACGAGCACGUGCACUCCCAGGGCCGUGUGAUGGGCGACCGCAGCGUCCUCUACAAGUCCCUGAACCCAAACCUGCUCGCUGUGGUGACAGAGAGCACAGACACACACCACGAGCGCACGUUCAUCGGGAUCUACCUGAUUGAUGGGGUCACAGGCAGGAUCAUCCACUCCUCAGUGCAGAAGAAAGCCAAGGGACCCGUCCACAUGGUUCACUCAGAGAACUGGGUGGUGUACCAGUACUGGAACACGAAGGCCCGUAGGAAUGAGUUCACUGUGCUGGAGCUCUACGAGGGGACAGAGCAGUACAACGCCACAGCCUUCAGCUCCCUGGACCGCCCCAUCCUGCCCCAGGUUCUCCAGCAAUCCUACAUCUUCCCUUCUGCCAUCAGUGCCAUGGAGGCCACAAUCACCGAGCGGGGCAUCACCAGCCGCCACUUGCUCAUUGGGCUUCCCUCUGGGGCUAUCCUGUCGCUUCCAAAGGCUCUUCUGGAUCCUCGGCGCCCAGAGAUCCCGACGGAACAGAGCAGGGAGGAGAACUUGAUCCCAUACUCCCCUGACGUGCAGAUCCAUGCCGAGAGGUUCAUCAACUACAACCAGACCAUAUCCCGCAUGAGGGGGAUUUACACAGCCCCCUCCGGCCUCGAGUCCACCUGUCUGGUUGUUGUCUAUGGCCUGGACAUCUUCCAGACCCGCGUGUACCCCUCGAAGCAGUUUGAUGUCCUGAAGGAUGACUAUGACUACGUGUUGAUCAGCAGUGUCCUCUUUGGGCUGGUCUUUGCCACCAUGAUCACCAAGAGACUGGCCCAGGUGAAGCUGCUCAACCGGGCCUGGCGCUGAGGGAAGGUGGGCCUGGAGAAGGCAGCUGGGGUGGGACUGUCUGGGGAUCCACUGCUGGGCUCUCUUGGGAUCCCAGCUCACCUGAUGGAUGCAAACAUCAAUAUUCCAUCUUGCUGGAAGAUAUUUGUGAGGAAAAGCUGCUGGUGUAACAAAACACAGCCCACCUGUGUCCUGAGGAGAAAUGGAAGAGACAUCGUCUGCUCUGACUGAAAAAGAACGUCCCAAACCUCCCAUAAAGCCCUAAAAUCACAUUGCCUCCCUGAUGCUGGUGAAGAGAAUACUAAGGACACGUGUCCUCUCCAUCCCUGGCUCUUCCUCAGCGCCAACUGUGCCCCACAUAUGGCAGAGGGGAGGGGCGAGGGGUGUUGGCAGCUGUACUUUGAGAGCUGGACUGGAAAUGUGUGAGCUCCUGGUGCAAGGAGGAGACCUUGGGUUAUUUAAAUAAAAUGUUUAGAAAUUGGGUGGGUGUUGGUGGGAAACAGCCUCAUGGAGUCACUGAUGCCAUUGUAGAGCUGUGGGAGGAAUUGGAAUGUAAAAUCUCUCCAUGUUCUUUAUUUAUUAUGAUGGUAACGGCAGCUCCUUCCCAUGUGUUUUACAUUUUCCUGGAUUUCUAUACAACAUGAGAUGAAGGUGUUGUGGUCCAGGGUGAGGAACCUCACAGUGCUUCCCUCUGAUCACGGCUCAACUCCGUGGGUUUAAAGUGUUAUAAUCAAGAUUGGCAGAGUUGUUCCCCCGUGAGAGGCUGUGUCCCAUCUGGCCCCUGUGCAGCUGCAGAGCCUCAGGAAAUCCAGGGGCUGCGGAGCAGAGGCUGCCCUUGGGCUGGGAAUGCGGUUUUGGGGAUACUGAAGUGGGUUUGGGGCCAUUUAAGUGGGGGGUUUUGGGCUACUUAAGUGGGUUGGGGAACUAUUUAGGUGUUUUUUGUGGGGCUAUUUUAGUGGGGUUUGGGUCUAUUUAACUGGGGUUUAUGGCUAUUUAAGUGGGGUUCUUUUUGCCAUGUAAGUGGUGUCUUGGGGCCUACUUGGGUGUUUUGGAGGGCUAUUUAAGUGGGUUUUUUUGGAGCUAUUAAAGUGUUUCUUGGGGUGCA